AUGGCGCAAAACGUGUUCUCGACAUGGGCACUGGCACAGGCGUCUGGGCUGUCGACUACCGCUGAUGCGCAUCCCGAGGCCGAAGUCAUUGGGGUGGAUCUGAGUCCUAUCCAACCUAACUUCGUACCACCCAAUGUUCGAUUCGAAAUUGACGAUCUAGAAAAGGAGUGGACUUGGGCUCACAAGUUCGAUUUCAUUUUCUGCCGCUCGCUGUCCGGCAGUUUUCCCGACUGGGAGCCCGUCCUUCAGAAGGUUUACGAGCCUCACCGCAGUCAACUUGAACCUGGUGGUUACUUCGAGAUUCAGGACGGAGCGUUCCCCGUUGGAACUGACGACAACACGAUACCCAGAGACUCGGCACUCCUUCGCUGGUGCAAUCUCCUCGUUGAGGCCAGUGGCAAUUUAGGGCGUCCCGUUGACCAGGUCUACAAUUACAGCACCAUCAUGCGAAAGGUAGGCUUUGUUGAUUGCGUCGACCGCGACUUCAAGUGGCCCACGAAUACUUGGCCAAAGAACAAGCGCUUCAAGGAAAUGGGCAUGUGGUCAUUGGCUGCCCUUGACGCCGGUUUGGAAGGCCUGUCCAUGGCGCUACUGACAAGAGGCCUGAACUGGACUAUGGAGGAAACCUUAGCUUUCUGUGUCAAUGUACGCAGGGAGAUGCGCGAUCCCAGAAUACAUGCCUACUGGCCCGUCCACGUGGCAUAUGGGCGGAAACCAGAAACUGUCCCAGCGGCGGCAACGGCUGAAGAUACAUCGACCUGA